UGCGCAGUGCUGGGCGUCGGCAGCCGAUCUCGCAUCGGGGGUGGUGAGAAGGCUGGGAGCUGAUGGAGGAGGGGAACUGGCAGGAGGGCGGGGCGAGAGCCGGGGACGAAGCCCGGGAGCCCGAGGUGAAGAAGCGGCGUUUAUUGUGUGCGGAGUUUGCGGUGGUCGCGAGCUGCGACACCGCCGUGGCUCAGUGCUACCUGGCCGAGAACGACUGGGAGAUGGAAAGAGCGUUGAACUCCUACUUCGAGCCGCCGGUGGAAGAGAGCGCCUUGCAAAGCUUGCCCGAGACCGCCGGUGAGCCCGAGAACUGGGUUGACCUAACCAGUGAAGAAGCAACUGAUUCUGCUAGUUCUAAAAUCAGCCCAUCUGCAGAUACUCAGCAAGAAGAUGGCAGCAUAUUCUCUUUCAUUACCUGGAAUAUUGACGGACUGGAUCUAAAUAAUCUCCCAGAGAGGGCUCGAGGGGUGUGUUCCUACUUGACUUUGUACACGCCUGAUGUGGUAUUUCUACAGGAAGUUAUUCCCCCGUAUUAUAGUUACCUAAAGAAGAGAGCAAGUAAUUAUGAGAUUAUUACAGGUCGUGAAGAAGGAUAUUUCACAGCUAUCAUGUUGAAGAAAUCAAAAGUGAAAUUAAAAAGCCACGAGGUUAUUCCUUUUCCAGAUACCAAAAUGAUGAGAAACCUAUUAUGUGCGCAUGUGAGUGUUUCGGGAAGUGAAUUUUACCUUAUGACUUCCCAUUUGGAGAGCACCAGAGGGCAUGCUAAGGAACGAAUGAAUCAGUUAAAAAUUGUCUUAAAGAAAAUGCAAGAGGCUCCGGAGUCAGCUACAGUUAUAUUUGCAGGAGAUACAAAUUUAAGGGAUCAAGAAAGUGAAUGGAAAAGGGAAGAAUUAAUAUCAUUAGUAAAUUCAAAGAAAACUCUGAAGGUUACCAAAUAUGGUGGUUUACCCAACAACAUUUUGGAUGUCUGGGAGUUUUUAGGCAAACCCAACCAUUGCCAGUAUACAUGGGAUACACAGAUGAAUUCUAAUCUUGGAAUAACUUCUACUUGUAAGCUUCGUUUUGAUCGGAUAUUUUUCAGAGCAGCAGGAGAAGAGAGCCACAUUAUUCCCCGAAGUUUAGACCUCCUUGGGUUAGAAAAACUGGACUGUGGUAGAUUUCCUAGUGAUCACUGGGGUCUUUUGUGCACCUUAGAUAUAAUAUUAUGAAAUGCUUUUAAAUAUGAGUUUUAAAUGUUUUAUUCUGGAUUUUUGCAAAUACAAUUUCUACUUUUCGGAAAGGUAAGUUUACUAUGGAGCAUUUAAUAUCUUGGAUCAUUGUAAUAGGAAAAAAAAGCAAGUAUAAGUUUUAUUUUGUGAUUGUGUCCUCAGAAUUCAAGAUUAAAGAUUAAUGGUUAUUCAAAAUGUAAGGUCCUUACAUUUCCUGUAUUCUUAAGGUCUUUUAAUGUAAAGGGCACAAAGUCUGUCAGAGUUUAUAACAGUGUUUAUAGCUGCUGGCUGGAUUACAAGCAGGGGCCACAUUGUUUUGGGGCUAAAUUUUAUAUUUAUUUUUGCAAUCAGAUACUAAAAUAGUUAAUAUUUUAAGUAAAUCUUUAAAAAAAAGAAUCCCGAGUCGUUGGGACUGUAUAUUUUAAUUAUAUUUCAGAAGUUUAGAUAAUCUUAAAAAAGCCAUGAUCAUCUGUAGUUAAGCAGAUAAUAACUAUCCAGAUCAAACUUUAUUUUUGACAGCUAAUAGUACAUAACUGGUAAGGUAAAGGUACAUGAAUAAAUGAUUUGAUUCAUUUGUGUAGUUACAUUGCCAACAGAGUAAAGUUAGAUGUUAUAUUGAUUGAAAUCAAUUUAUAUGACACCAUGGGAUUUUUUUGCUAAGAGAAAAUACCCUUUUAGUUUUGUUGCUUAUGAACUGGAAAUAUAGGAAGUGAAUAACGAGUACUUUUAGAAGUGCUUUAAAGAAUUUUUUUCCACAAGAGAGGUAUACUUUAAAGAAUUUUAUUUGCCUAUAGUUUCUCUCUGUUUUUGCAUCUUUGAUAGAAUUAAAGUUUUUACCUCUUCCCUGUU